AUGACGCCCGAAUACAAGGCGCAAAAGGAAGCCGCUGUCUCUUUUCUCGGGGGAGGUGGCAUUUGGGAAAUCAAUCAUGUUGCUUUGGUAGCUCCAGCCGCCGCCUUUUUGUGGGCAACCUUACAGACCCGCCAACACUUCUUCAAACCCUACACCAUCCCCGCGGCGCUCACCGAUUUUCUGAUAAAUUGCUGUGCCAUCCUCUUCGCCACGACCGUCUAUUCCGGUGGGCCACACAUUCUUAUCGGCUUACUCGUCCUUCCAGCCGUGCCCGCUUUCCUCCAGCCCAGUCUUGAACUUCCCAAGGCGGCAAAGCCUCCUGGCAAGGCCGAUGAAGACCUGGCAAAAGAGGAAGAGAAAGAUCCUCUGCCAGUCAAACCAUUCAUCACAGCGUAUAGAGGUGCCAUGAUGAUUAUCACUUGCUCUAGCAUCUUAGCUGUCGACUUUCCUGUCUUUCCACGACGAUUCGCAAAGACAGAAUCGUUUGGAACCUCACUUAUGGAUCUGGGAGUGGGCUCUUUCGUGUUCGCUGCUGGCAUCGUUGCAGCCCGCCAACAACUGAAGGAGCAGAUAAGCGCCACCCGAUCGAUCCUUACCAGACUGAAGGAAGCCAUGCGACAUUCGCUUCCACUCCUCGUCCUCGGCUUGCUUCGCCUGGCCAGUGUCAAAGGACUUGAAUACGCAGAGCAUGUCAGCGAGUAUGGUGUGCAUUGGAACUUCUUCUUCACACUCGCGCUCUUGUCUCCCGCUUUGGCAAUACUACAGCCGCUUCUGCAAUGGCUACCGUACAACAUCUUUGCUUUCAUCUUAGCCAUUUGCUACGAGCUGAUCCUGUUCUGUGUUCCUGACAUGAAGAGGUACAUCAUUCUCUCCGAAAGAGUGCCUGGCGACUGGCUUUCGCAGAAUAGAGAAGGUGUCUUCUCUUUCAUCGGCUAUCUCGCCAUUUUCAUCGCCGGAAUGGGCAUUGGCCAGAAUAUCUUGACUCGCGAUCCUCCUCCGGGUGGAAACCCCCUUGCGCCUAAAGAUCACAUGGAUCAGGAUGCGGAGUGCACUCUUCCACGACUUGCCAUUUGGACACUCUUAUGGUUCGUGUUCGCUUUAUGGGCAAUGUGGAGGUAUGGCCCACGACUGUUCGUCUCGCGACGAAUGGCGAACUUGGCAUACGUUUGCUGGGUGUGUUCCUUCAACACAGCUCAAUUGUUGCUGUUUUGCCUAAUCGAGAAAUUCUUGUUCCCGACCCUUUACAACGCCAAGACCAAGGAAGGCGAACGCCAACGCAUACAAGAAGCCACAAGCAGAGUUAUGAAGGCGUACAACCGUAAUGGGCUCGCUGUAUUCUUGAUUGCGAACUUGCUGACCGGACUCGUCAACAUGACCAUGCCAACCAUUUUCAUGGCGGACGUCCCGGCGAUGGCCGUCUUGGUUAGCUACAUGGCGGUCUUGACAGCCAUUGCGCUUGCUUUAGACCAUUACAACAUCUCGAUCAAGCUUUAG